AGUUGUUACGGAGAAACCGGUCGAUAGACCUAAACGUCAACGUACCCGUUUCCACGACUAGGCCACAUCCUAGACUCAAUAAGGUGCAUCACAGUAAAUCUCAGAUGCUAGCGAAACGUUUCAUAUUCCAUCAAAAACGUUGCUUUGCCCUCUCAGCACACUAGGACAGCACAAAGUAGUUAGCCCGCACAUUAAUUAAUUAGUUGGCGGCAAUGGCACAGCUUAAAGUCGCUAUUAUUGGCCAAAGUACCUUUGCCGCGGAAGUUUACAAACUUCUCAAACAAGACGGUCAUCAUAUCGCUGGAGUUUUCACGGUUCCUGAUAAAUCCAAUCGAGAGGAUCCUCUAGCUGCAACAGCCAAAGCUGACAGCACUCCAGUCUUCAAGAUCAAGGCCUGGCGCAGCAAGGGCGUGCCUCUCCCCGAGAUCCUCGACCUCUACAAGAGCAUCGAUGUCGACUUGAAUGUCCUGCCCUUCUGCACCCAGUUCAUCCCGAUGGAAGUUAUCGAUUAUCCAAAACACAGGAGCAUCUGUUAUCACCCAUCGAUAUUACCCAGGCACCGAGGUGCCAGUUCUAUCAGUUGGACAUUAAUCGAAGGAGACAAAGAGGCCGGCUUUUCCAUCUUCUGGGCGGACGACGGCCUCGACACGGGUCCAAUCCUCCUCCAGAAGAAGUGUCCAGUGGAGUCCAACGACACCCUGGACAGUCUCUACAACAAAUUCCUGUACCCGGAGGGUAUCAAAUCGAUGGCGGAGGCUGUCAGCCUCGUCGCAUCCGGAAACGCACCGAGGAUACGUCAACCCGAGGAAGGAGCGACUUACGAGCCCCUCCUCACCAAGAAGGAGCUCCAGAAGAUCGACCUCAUGAAGUCAUCGGAGCAGAUCCACAAUUUUAUCCGGGGAUUGGACAGUUCCCCGGGUGCAUGGACACUAAUCAACGGGGAAGAAGUGAAAGUCUAUGGGUCGACGGUCUGGGAAAAGCCCGAGAAGCCCCAGGGGGAGUCUGUCGAGGUCGACGGCCACCAAGGAAUCGUCCACGAGGGCGGACUCCUGAUCGCUGCUGGAGCCGGCGGAUUCGUCAAUGUCGAGAAGCUCAAGUUAGGAAACAGGACGAUUCGCGCUGGUAACUUUGGAAAGGACGACGAAGGAUUCGCUAGUGUAGAGUUCACUGAGAACGAGAGAGAGGCUGUGGAGAUCAUGAAGGACAUCUGGAGGAGCAUUCUCAACGUCGAAGUGGAGGACGACACUGACUUGUUCGCUUGUGGUGCAGGUUCCAUGGACGUUGUACGUCUUGUAGAAGAGAUAAAAGACCGUCUCAACAUCUCCAUUCAAAACACCGACGUUUUCAUGGCUCCAGUGUUCCUGCAGUUCGCCUCGGCGACGAUUCUGAUGGGUCGAGGAGCAGCAGCAGCCGCCGAAAUAAAAUAUGACCCUGUCGAGGUCAGAGCCAAUAACCUGGACCUCAAGUUUCCAAGACAACUCUUCAUUGAUGGUAAAUUCGUCAACGGUCGGGGCAAACCAAUUCCGUCAAUCGAUCCCCACGACGAACACGUCAUCUGCGAGGUUGAGUCUGGAUCCCCAGAGGACGUUGAUCUCGCUGUUCGAGCGGCGAAGAGGGCACACGAGGAGGGCGAGUGGAGUAAAAUCAGUGCCAGGGAACGAGGAGCUUUAUUAUUCAAACUGGCAGACUUGAUGGAGCAGCACAAAUCAGAGCUAGCGACACUCGAGAGUUUGGAUUCAGGGGCGGUGUAUACCCUGGCCUUGAAAACACAUGUGGGAAUGUCGAUAGAGACGUGGAGAUACUUCGCCGGGUGGUGUGACAAGAUCCAGGGAUCGACCAUUCCCAUCAGCCACGCACGUCCCAAUCGCAAUUUGACCUUCACUCGAAAAGAGCCCAUCGGGGUUGUGGGACUUGUGACCCCCUGGAACUACCCCCUGAUGAUGCUGUCCUGGAAAAUGGCGGCUUGUUUGGCAGCGGGGAACACAGUUGUGAUGAAACCUGCACAGGCUUCACCCCUCACAGCGUUAAAAUUCGCAGAGUUGUCGGUUAAGGCGGGAAUUCCUCCUGGAGUCAUCAACAUCGUACCAGGCAAUGGAACUAUUACUGGAGCAUCGAUCGUAAAGCACCCGCUGAUCCGCAAGCUCGGGUUCACCGGUUCCACUGAAAUCGGCCAGACAAUAAUGCGCGACUGUGCGUUGAACCUGAAGAAGGUGUCCCUGGAGCUCGGAGGCAAGUCUCCCCUCGUCAUCUUCGACGACUGCGAUCUUCAGCAGGCGGUGAGGGUCGCCAUGAGCGGUGUCUUCUUCAACAAAGGGGAGAACUGCAUCGCCGCGGGGAGGAUAUUCGUCGAGGAGUCGAUCCACGAUGACUUCGUCCGGCGAACAGUGGACGAAGUGAAGAAAAUCAAAAUUGGAAAUCCCCUGGACAGGGCGACGUCGCAGGGCCCUCAGAACCAUAAGCAGCAUCUUGAUAAACUCCUGGAGUACGUUGCCAGGGGAGUCAGGGAAGGGGCGACUCUGGUGUACGGGGGAAAGAGGAUCGACAGACCUGGAUUUUACUUCGAGCCCACGAUAUUCACUGAUGUCACGGACAACAUGUUCGUAGCUGCCGAAGAGUCCUUUGGACCCAUCAUGAUCAUAUCAAAGUUCAACGGUAAAAAUGUAGAGGAUAUGAUCAGAAGAGCUAAUGAUACGGAAUUCGGACUUGCGUCAGGUGUCCUCACCAGGGACAUCAGCAAAGCUCUGAGGUUUGCAGAGAAAAUCGAGGCUGGAACUGUUUUCAUUAAUACUUAUAACAAGACCGACGUCGCUGCACCCUUUGGAGGGUUCAAGAAAUCGGGAUUCGGAAAGGACUUGGGACAGGAGGCGCUCAACGAGUACUUGAAGACUAAGACUAUUACCAUCGAGUACUGAUUAAGAAUUUCAAAGCUUUUUGCAUGAAUUUUUUGUGGAAAAUAAGGGAGAAAAGAAUGUUAAUUGGAUGAUCAAAAUUGGCUAGGAUUUUAUCGAAAUAUUUGGUAGAAAUAUUUCAGAAAUUUAGCAAAUUAGAAAUUUGAAUACCAUAAUUUUCGAGGAAAAUAGCGGUAAAUUCCGAUUUUUUUAUUGAAUUGAAUUUCAUGUCAAAUUAUUUAUUGAAAUCAUCAGAAAGUUUUGGGAAACGAAACGAGGAAAGUCGGACAGAGUCCGUUCCAUAGAGUUAAUUUUAAAGAAUAAGUUGUAUGGAGAGAAUGAAAUGUUUAUAAUUUUUGGAGUUGCCAUGUCACGAAACGAUUCAGGACUGGGAUAAUCGAUUUUUAGAUGAGCGAAGAGUGGGAGAAUUUGAGUUAUCGUCGUGUUAUGUUCCAUUCAUUAAUUUUAAGUCAUUCCAUGUUUAACUUAAGGCAUCGUAUCACCUUAUUUUUAAUAAAAGAUAUUUAUGGAGAUGGUGAAGAA